AUGGGUGAAGUAUCAUUGGAGACAGCGGCGUACGCUAAAAUUAUAUUACAUGCGGCCAAAUAUCCCCAUUGCGCUGUGAACGGCGUUCUUUUAGCGGAUGCCACAAAAAUCAGAGAUGGAGCUAAGAAUCAGGACUUGGAUAUUGUCGAUACUAUCCCCUUGUUCCACCACAGUCACUAUUUGUCACCAAUGGCGGAGAUCGCAUUGACACAGAUAGAGACUGUGGCACAAGCAGACAAUCGUGUGAUAGCUGGCUACUACGCAGCAUGUGAGAACUUCAAGGAUAAUACUGUUGAAAAGUGUCCAGGACAGAAGAUUGCUGAAAAAAUUGCAGAGCAUUUCCCAUCAGCAGUGUUUGUUGUGGUUGAUAACAAGAGGAUGAUGCAACAUUUAGACACUCCUGCCAUUAAGCUGCAUAAGUACGCUGAUGGACGGUGGAAGCUUAAGGAUGCAAACAAAGUCAUGUUCCAGACUCCUUAUGUUUUGGAAACGGUGUCACACUUACUGCAGCGCGGUGUCCAAAAGGACCUUGUGGACUUUGACAAUUAUUUGGAUGAUCUGUCCCAGGACUGGACCAACCUAGGCAUCGAGAAGCUGAUCGCCAGCAUCAAUGCGUCAAACACCAUAGACUGUAAGGAGGAUGACAAACUGUUCCGAUAA